CAAAGGUAGAGGGGCCGGUCUGGGAUUCGGCAGUUUGGGACAGGGCGGGGCGUGGCUACCCCGCUGGGCGGACAGCCCCGCCCCCGCCGGUCGCUGCUACCGCGCGCCAAAAUCAAAUGCAGAGACCGACCGGCCCCACAGCCUACGGCUAGCGGCAGUUCAGCCUGCAGCACCAGCCACGCUCGGCGGGCGCGCGAGCCGCAGCGCGCGCACCGGUGGCCACCUCCCGGCCCUCUCUGCAGAUGCGCUCAGGGCUGCCACAAGACGAGGAAUGGCCACCCCACCCAAGAGAAGCUGCCCAUCUCCCUCCACCAGCUCUGAGGAGACCCGCAUCAAGAAAAUUUCCAUCGAAGGGAAUAUCGCUGCAGGGAAGUCAACAUUUGUGAAUAUCCUUACGCAAGUCUGUGAGGAUUGGGAAGUGGUUCCUGAACCUGUUGCCAGGUGGUGCAAUGUUCAAAGUACUCAAGAUGAAUUUGAGGAACUGACAACAUCUCAGAAAAGUGGAGGGAAUGUUCUUCAGAUGAUGUAUGAAAAACCUGAACGAUGGUCUUUUACCUUCCAGUCCUAUGCCUGCCUCAGUCGAAUACGAGCUCAGCUUGCCUCUCUCAAUGGCAAGCUCAAAGAUGCAGAGAAACCUGUAUUAUUUUUUGAACGAUCUGUGUAUAGUGACAGGUACAUUUUUGCAUCAAAUUUGUAUGAAUCUGACUGCAUGAAUGAAACAGAGUGGACAAUUUAUCAAGACUGGCAUGACUGGAUGAAUAACCAGUUUGGCCAAAUCCUUGAACUUGAUGGAAUUAUUUAUCUUCGAGCCACUCCAGAGAAAUGCUUGAAUAGAAUAUAUUUACGGGGAAGAAAUGAAGAACAAGGCAUUCCUCUUGAAUAUUUAGAGAAGCUUCACUAUAAGCAUGAAAGCUGGCUCCUUCAUAGGACACUGAAAACCAAUUUUGAUUAUCUACAAGAAGUGCCUAUCUUAAUACUGGAUGUUAAUGAAGACUUUAAAGACAAAUAUGAGAGUCUGAUUGAAAAGGUCAAAGAAUUUUUGAGCACUUGCUGAUCUUGCUGAAGGCUACAGGCAGCCAAGUGAUUCAAGAUACUUAAGCUUUGUGUUAUUUUUGUAGAUCCCUCUUUAUAAAGUCUCUCUAGAAAACCCAAGGUUUUAACCAUUUUUGUCUCAAGGAAAACAAAUUUUUUUUUUGAUGAAUCCUAUAGUGAAGUUUAUGAGCAGUUUCUUUUUUUGUUUAAAAAAACAAGUUUUAUUAUCUCUCAGUGGCUAAACUACAUCAUAAGGCACCCAGCCUCCUAUGUUCUUUCCACUCUGUUCUUUUCCUGAGCAGGUUGGCUCUGUUUCUUUUUAAAUCUUCUCAUCUCACUGGUGACCAGUUUAGUAACUGAAAUUUUUAGUAUUACACAACAAAUGGAACGUAUCCUAUGUAAAUUAGUGCACUUACUAGAAAAAGGAUUAUUAAAUUUCAUUUUAAAUACUUUCGAUCAAGUGCCUCCCCUUUCACCUUAAUUUAUGUGGGAGAUAAGUCCAAGUUUAGUAUUUAAUCACUCACUGAUAUUCAUUAAUGUAUCUACAACACAUUUACAGAGGAGCAGGGUAGACUUUAUUCCCAAUUUUUAAUGGCAUAACCUAUCCUAUAAGUCAUUUAAUCUUCUGCCUUGUUACAUCUUUGGUAUGGGUGAGACUUCAUUCAUCUUUUUGCAUGGGGUUUUGGGAAAUUAAAAAGGAAAUAUUUCUAUACUCAAAAGAUAACUGAAGGUUAUUAGGUGAGUAUAAAGAUGCAGUUUAUAUGGAGCUUAAAUAGCUUUCUCCCUUCUCAGACCAUUCUUUUAAAAUGGAAUAAUAUUAAAAUAUUGGUUUUAUUAUGACUGUCUUUAAAUCAUUUAAGGUGGAAGUAUAGUUUUCCCUAAAUUGUUCCCAUUUUUAUAGGUGAAAUGAAACAGUGAGGAGUAAGUUUUCUGUUUUAUUUUUUGACCGGGCUUUGGGAAUGAGUAGUCUGUCUUUACUUUCAGACCUGGUGAGAGGUCUGAAGAGAAACUGAACACAAGGUAGGUUAUUUUCUUAGCAGUUUAGUCUUUUAGGCCCAGCUCUUAUUUCCUGCCUCAUCCUGUUUUCCCUAUUAUCUGGAUUAAAAGUCUCACAUUUCUUCUUUGAGAAAAUCAUGAUCACUCUUCACUUCCUAGUUUGCUUUGCUUCUCUAGAGUUUAUACCCUAAGUGUUUUUUUCUCCUCCUUUAAGAGAAGCUAUUGAUAAAAAUGAUCUUGCUUUAUUUUAUAUGUUAGAUGUCUUAGAAGCAUUACAAGUUUUUGUUGACUAUAUAUAAUACUAAAGAAGACAAGGAGAUAGAAUCAUUGUGAUUUUUAAAAAUCUUCCUGGAUUUAUUUCAGAUCUGUAGAUAAAAGAUAUUUUUCAAGUUUGUUUAGUUAAGGUAUGCAGUGUUUUUUCCCUAUGUAUUUAAUCUUUAUACUUGACAUUUUAGAAAAAUUCUGUUUUUGAAAUGAGGGGGAAGAGUCACUUUGAAACUGUCAUUUUCCUUUUUAAAAUGGUGUCUUUUGUUUCUGGUUUCUUGAUAUUCAAAUAUGAUAAUUAUUGGGUUAAAUAGUCUAGAUUCACUGAUAUUUGAAAGGGAGACUGUUUCAAAUCCUGUAAUCGCCAUGACCAUUGAAGGUAUCUUGUGAUAUUGUAUGGGUCAUUUUGUUUCUGUUUGAUAUAAGUGAAUUUGUUUUCUAAAUUAAAUAUUUGUUUAAUAAAUAAGUGUAAAUUUCAUUAACUACUGAAACUACUUAUUGAAAUUAUUACAUGUUUUUAGAAUUAAAAUUACACUUUUGAAAAACUGAAUUUGAAAAGAUGACAAUGGUUUAUAUAAAUUACAUUAAUUCUAUUUUAAGUGGAGACAUAAUUCAGAGAUUAUUUUUUUCACUAACCUUUAAAAGUGUUUAGCUUAGUAACUUUUAAAAUCAGUAGAACUGAAAAGAAACUAAAAAAUUUAUUUGUCAUGACUCAAAAUAAAAGCUGUACCAUUGGGUGGGUACAAGAGUAUUAAUCCCAGUGAGCUACAUUAUUUCUUAGAUCCUAUUUCUCCUAUUAGAUCAUCUUUCAUCUUAGUAUAUGUACUGCUUUUUAUAGUUUACUCUUCUGAGAAGUUAAUUAAACAAGACUUAUUCCCUCAUUCAGAAUUUUCUUCUACACCUGAAACUUAGAGUCUUAUAUACUGAAUCCCAUAGAAAUUAGGUCUGUCAUAUUUUAAAGGAAAAGGAGUCCCAAAAUAUUUUUUGCAUAGAAUUUUUAAGUCUCAUUGUCUCCAGAAAAAUGCUCGAUAGGUUGCUUAAAGUGUUUAAAUACUGGUAAACAAUAGCCUCCUUCAUUUGACAAAUAUUUUCUGCCCUUUUUAAAAAUUUCAAUUUUGAAAUCAUUUAAAAUUCACAUAAAGUUAACAAACUUAUCAGAGUUCCUAUGUACAGGAAUAAUGAUAAUGAUAACCCAGUAUUAACAUUUUAAUUAAUCAGAGUGAUUUUUUCAAGAGUAGGAAAUUGACUGGUGCAUUACUGUUAACUAAACUCCAGACUUUAUUUGGAUUUUACCAGUAUUUUUAAACUUUAGACUAUUUUUUAGAGCAUUUUUAGGUUCACAACGAAAUCGAUUACCAAAAUUUGCUUUAUCACAGCAAAAAAGUUACCAUGUAUUAUCUGCCCCCACAGUUGCACAGCCCCCCUUACCAUCUACAUACCCCACCAAAGUAAUAGCAUUUGUUGUCAGUGAACCUACAUUGACACAUUAUCAUUCAAAGUGCAUAGUUUACAUUAAGAAUUACUCAGUAUUGUACAUUCUGUGGGUUUUGACAAAUGAAUAAUGAUGUGUAUCCACCAUUGGAUAUGAUCCAAUGUAGUAUCAUAUGAAGUAAUUUCAUUACCCAAUACCCUAAAAAUCUAUGCUCUUUUCAAUCCCUCCACCCCACCUCUACCACUACUAAUUUUUUUGUCUCCAUAGUUUUGCCUUUUCCAGAAUGUAAUAUAGUUAGAGUCAUUCAAUAUGUAGUCUUUUCAGAUUGUCUCUUUCACUUAGUAAUUUGCACUUAGUUUUCUCCGUGCUUUUUCAUAGCUUGAUACCUCCUUUUUAGCACUGAAUAAUACUCCAUUGCCUGGAUGUACCACAGUUGAUCCACUCACCUACUGAAGGACAUUUUGGUUACGUCCAAGUUUUGGCAAUGAUGAAAAAAGCUGAUGUAAACGUCUGUGUGCAGAUUUUUGUGUGCACAAAAGAUUUCAAUUCAUUUGGGCAAAUACCAAGGAUUAUAAUUGCUGGAUCAUAGGGUUUGAUCCAUAUGUUUGGGUUUUUAAGAAACUGCCAAACUUUCUCAAAAUGGUUGUGCCAUUUUGCCUUCCUUCCAGCAAUGAAUGAGAAUUCCUGUUCUAUAUUCUUGCUAUAAUUUGGUGGUGGUAGUGGUUUGGAUUUUGUCCAUUCGGUAGGUUUGUGUUUGUAUCUUGUUUUAACUUGCAACUCUGUAAUGACAUAUGAUGUUAACUUUUCUUAUGUUUCCUUUCCAUUUGUAUCUUUUUUAGUGAAAUAUUUGUUAAGGCUUUUUGUCCAUGUUUAAUUUGGUUCAUUUUUUAAAUUGAGGAGUUCUUUAUAUUUUAGAUAACAGUCUUUAAUUAAAUGUCUUUUGUAAAUGUUUUCUUCCAGUCUGUGGUUUAUCAUUUUAUCUUGACACUGUCCUUUGCAGAGCAGAAGUUCUUAGUUUUAAUAAAAUUCGGCCUAUCAAUUA